CCAUAUAAAUUCUUGAGAGAGAUAACCAGCAUUUCUCAAAUUCUUCACUCAGACACCCAAACGCUUUCUACAGUGAGCAGCCAUGCCAUCCGAGCUAGAGACUGCCAUGGAGUCCCUCAUCAUGGUAUUCCACCGCUACGCUGGAAAAGAGGGCAAGAACGGCACCCUGACCCGCCGUGAACUCCGAACCCUGAUGGAGAACGAGCUCUCUGGGUUUCUCAAGUCUCAGAAGGAUCCGACCACCAUAGACAGAAUUAUGAAGGACUUGGAUGCUAAUGGAGACGGGGAGGUGAACUUUGAGGAGUUUGUGUCUUUGGUUGUGGGUUUGUCCAUCGCUUGUGAGGCGUGCUAUAGAAUGCAGUUAAAGAAGACACAGAGCUGGAAAUGAAGAGGAAAAUGAUCCAUGCAGACAAACUGUAAAGUUGAUCCCGUUGUCUAUUAAAAUAUCUGAUUGUUUUUUACUUUUCUUUUGAGUUUGUGUUUCAUCAGUAUCGGAUGAAAACCAUAAAAACUAUUUUCGCUGGCAGGUUAAAGUACAGUGGGUGUGUAUGACAGGUCUUAACGCUCUUUGGCAGUAUUCUUUGAGCUUUAAACUGUCUGUACUGAAAGCAAAUAUGUUUUUAUUUAACAUAAAGCUUUCAAAUAUUCAAACGUCUUCAUGUGCAAAACUUUAUAUUUAAAAUGACUAUUCAGUUAUGCCAAGUAUGAUUCAUAUCCUGCAGUUUUUUGUACUCUCUCUCUUUACCUCGUUGUCAUAAUACUUUUACUAGGGUGUGAUCCAAGUUGUUAAUGGUUACAAUGUAAACCCAAGGCUGCUUGGCUUGAAAGAGAGUUAUGGAAACUAGAACUCAAUAAGCCUUAGUCAGGGACAGGGUAGCACCAUAUUUAAUUUUUUGACAAAAAUGAAAACGAGGUUGUAAGGAACAGAAGUACAGUGAAUUUAAUGGAUUGUACUGUUGUUUAAACACACACCAAAUGUUUAGAUAAUGAAAUGUUUGCUUUUUGUAAACAAAAACUCCAUAAAAGAGUUUUGAAAGUUGUGAGUUGUGAAAAUUGUACAAUUACACAAAAUGAACACAAUGAAAGUGA